AUGAGGUCCGACGAUGUCGAGGCCGAAGGCCGCCCGCCCUUUCUCCAUGCCAUGAUUGCUGGCGGCAUCGGCGGCUCCACCGGUGACUUGCUCAUGCACUCGCUCGACACCGUCAAGACGCGCCAGCAGGGCGACCCCAACGUCCCCUCAAAGUACUCGUCGCUCGGCCAGUCCUACUACACCAUCUGGCGGCAAGAGGGCAUCCGGAGAGGCCUGUACGGAGGCUGGCUCCCGGCCCUUGGCGGCUCCUUUCCCGGCACCGUCCUCUUCUUCGGCACCUACGAGUGGAGCAAGCGCUUCCUCCUCGAUCGCGGCCUGCAGCACCACCUAGCCUAUCUCUCUGCCGGCCUCGCCGGCGACUUAGCCGCCUCCAUCGUCUACGUCCCCUCCGAAGUCCUCAAGACCCGCCUACAGCUCCAGGGCCGCUACAACAACCCGCACUUCCAGUCCGGCUACAACUACCGCGGCACCCUCGACGCCGCCCGCACCAUUGUCCGCACCGAGGGCGCCUCGGCCCUCUUCUACGGCUACAAGGCCACCCUGUACCGCGACCUGCCCUUUUCGGCCCUGCAGCUCAUGUUCUGGGAGCAGUUCCACACCUGGGCUCGCAGAUAUCAGCGGAGCCGCGACAUCGGCGUGCCCCUUGAGCUCCUCACCGGCGCCGCCGCCGGCUGUCUCGCCGGCGUCAUCACCUGCCCGCUCGACGUCGUCAAGACGCGCCUCCAGACGCAGGUCAACCCUCCCUCGGAGCAGACCGGACCCCCCAAGGACUUGGGCCCGCAGAAGCGCCACAUUUCCACCUCGUCGCCGAGCACGCACCGCCCCAGGCCCGGCGCCGUCGCCCUCGAGACCUCGUCUGUCAUUACGGGCCUGAGGGUCAUCUACCGCACCGAGGGCAUUGCCGGCUGGUUCCGCGGCGUCGGGCCUCGCGGCGUCUGGACCUUUAUCCAAAGCGGCUGCAUGCUGUUCCUGUACCAACGGCUGCUUCGCCAGCUCGAGGUGUGGAUGCCAGUCGAAAGGAAGGGCUUGUAG